GAAGUAUAGAUUUGCAUAUGAGGUCCUAAAUUUGGUGGAGUCGUGACCAAAGGGGGACGACAAGCAUAGAUAACCGUUUUUCAAUCUUUGUCCCAUGUGUAGUAGCACAACCAUUCUCUUUGUGGGAAGUUAAAUGAUGUUCUUGCGCUCAAUACUCCGUUCUAGGAAGCCAAUACAGGCUACAAUUGCUGAUAGCCCAGCCGAUAUCCUAAGAUCAAGAAUCCUGGAGCGAGAACGGUUCCGGCAGAGGCGUAGAAAUCCUAGCCAUGAUGAGUUCUUCGUUCAAGUGCCAGAAUCCUCUAGUUGGCUGGACACUGCAACCAUGCCAAUGAUCCUCACUGCAGUUGCGAUUGCCCUUUUUGCCAAAGUCCUCAUGAUGUAUGAUGAAACCAAAGCCCAAGAAAGGUUAGAGCGUAAGAUAGCAAAAGCUCCUCCUGAACAAGGAACAGUCAGAAUGCUUACUCGUGAAGAGUGGGAUGAAAUCCAGGAAAUUAGGCCAAGGACCCCUUUCGAGUCUGAGCUUGCUCGCCCUAAUGCUCGCAUAAGAACUGGAGAGCCGAUUCACUUUGAGGAUUUUAAAGACUGGGCUACUGAUGUAUUCACUCAUGCUCUUACCAAAGCUGAAGAAAUUGUAAAGCAGAGGCAUGAGGUCACUCUUGGUUACCGUCGGACCGUUCUAUAUAAAUGUUCCAUAGGGGGCUCAGGAAGCUAACUUGGUGAAGCAGUGAAACUUCUUUUUGGCUUGGAGUUGCUGCAGAAUGCUUUUCUUUAAAGGAAAUGAACUGCAGACCUGCUUCGUAUGGCAGGUCUAUAUAAUUUUCUCUUGCUAUUUCUUCAAGGCUUCGUUUAGGACAACAUUCUUUAUGCUUCUUAAAAUAGCUUUGUAAUAUAAAAUUUUUAAUUUGUGUACUAAAAAUCUGCUUUAUGAAGCAACAAGAAAGCCAUCUCAAACGAAAUCUAAAUCGGGAUAAGCAGUCGCGGUCUUAGCGGAUGGAUGCAUGGCCAUUGGAUUUACUCCAAUGACAACAAUUAACACCCUUAUGAUUUAUAAGGGCUCACAAAUGACCUAAACCUAGAUCUUUAGCCAUUUUUAUUUUUAUCCAAUUAUCUCUCACCCUUGGGUCUCAGCCUUUCAAUUGAUUUCUUCUCUUCUCAUUCAUCACAUUUCUAUCUCUGUUGUUCUUUACCUUAGCUACUUUCUAGCCCCCCUCUCUUUCUCUCUCUUGUGAGUCACAUGACUCACAUCUCUUUUUCUCUCAUGUAUCAGCUAUUGCCUCUCUUAUUUUGAUUAAUGAUGCAAAGGUGUUGAAGAUU